AUGUCGGGGCGUGGGAAGCAGGGAGGCAAGGCUCGUGCCAAGGCCAGAUCGCGGUCGUUUAGAGCCCAGCUUCAGUUCCCAGUUGGUCGAAUCCACCGCCUGCUUCGCAAGGGCAACUAUGCCGAGCGCAUCGGGGCUGGUGCACCUGUGUACCUGGCGGCCGUGCUGGAAUACCUGACAGCCGAGAUCCUGGAGUUGGCUGGAAACGCAUCUCGUGACAACAAGAAGACGCGCAUCAUCCCGCGCCACCUGCAGCUGGCCAUCCGCAACGAUGAGGAGCUCAACAGGCUCCUGGGCGGUGUGACCAUUGCGCAGGGUGGGGUCCUGCCCAAUAUCCAGCCUGUGUUGUUGCCCAAAAAGACGGAGAACCACCACAAGAGCAAGGGCAAGUAAUAGCUCGCGGUACUGAAGCCAAACGGGAAACCUGAACAUUUACACAAGAGAAAAACAAACCAAAGGCUCUUUUCAGAGCCACUCAAAUUUGUGAAGGCUGUGUGCACAGUA